AGUCAUCUCGCAGUUUUCGAAGAAUCAUGGCGAAGAUCCUGCUCCACUUUGCUGUCGUCCUCGUUGUCCUGGCUACGUGCUUGGCCAACACAACUGACCGGCCUUCCAGCACGACUACCAAGGAGUAUCCGUGCCGCGUGGACUACAAGACGUGCGGCAGACCGCAUUGCAAGAGCGCAGCAGAGUUCGGACGUCGCUGGCGAAACAACUGGGAUCCCACAUCAUUUUGGCUCUGCGUUAAGCUCAACGAGCCCGCCAAGUUGGUGAAGUGCGAGGACACGGACGAAGGCGGUUCGGCUUACUACAAUGGUGAGUGCGUGGACUGGGAUGACUGGUGCUGGACGCCACCAUGCAAGCCUCUCUCGUCCGCCGACUGCCCGCCUCCAGUCACACCGAGUCCCAAGCCGACGAAGCCCAGCAAGCCCACGCAUCCAGGACACUCGAGCACUCCUCCUCACCGACCGGAGCCAACGACGGAACCCGAAGUGCGCCCCACUGAGACAACGGAAGGCACAGAAGAGACUACAACUGAAGCUCCCACCGAUACCACCUUAGAUACCACACUGUCUUAAGAGCGAUCCUGACGAUGAUUCCCCUGAAGAACUCUCAUUAAAUAAUCUGCAAGCAUAAUUACUGACUUUGACUCCAGCUAAUCC